GCACGCACGCACGCGAGAGUGAUCGUGUUCGGGCGCGCGCGCGUGGAAAUGUAGGAAGUAACUUCAAGACAACUUCAAGCGCAGGGCGGCGAACCGGAGAAGAAAACCUUCAGAUUAUCGGGAAAAGUUGUGAUUCACGAGGAAAAUACUGACUUUGACCAGGAAAACUACUUCAUCGAGUUUUAUGUAAAUCAUUUUCCACCGUUUUUCUCCACUUUCAUCUUUGUUGGGGACGCGCAGGUGAAGUGAGACUAUUUUUCCUCAACUUGUGUGAUUGGGAGUUUGGCUGAGGAGGAGUUCAGGUGCAAGGAUUUGACCCAUUUCUGGGCUAAUAAACAUGAAGUGAGCGGUUUUCUCCCAAAGUGGAUGCUGGCACAGAGUUAUGCUGAAGCUCCUCUCUGACUGCCAGGAUGAGCACGACAGAUGGAGCCAGGUCCUUUGAGCAGGAUGGAGAGGCCCGUGUGGUGCAGAUCUACCCCAGAGUGUCCCAGGACACAGCCGCCUACUGUCCCCUGCAGGUCAGCAGCCACGACACGGCCAGGGUGGUCAUCCACAACGCCGUGGUCACUCUGGGCCUGGACUCCAGCCGCACGUACAGUCUCCUGGAGGUCAGGGAGGGCGGCGGAGAGGAGAGGCCGCUGGAUGUCGGGGAGUGCCCUUUGGAGCGGGUCCUGCUGUGGCCCGCUGAGGUACAGAAGUGGCACCCUCAGGUCAAAGGGUACUACUUCAUCCUGCAGCAGCGAGCAGAUAAAGGAGGAAACCAAGCAGAGACCAGUAAGGAGGAGUAUGACGACCUCUGCAACCUUCCCUCCGUGACCGAGCAGAGCGUGGUGGAGGCUUUACGGCAGCGCUUCUACAAGCACAAAAUCUACACCUACGCCAGCAACAUCCUCUUCGCCAUCAAUCCCAACAAGUUCCUGCCAGUUUACUACAACCCCAAGUAUGUCAAGAUGUACGAGAAUCAGCCGCUGGGCAAGCUCAGCCCUCACAUAUUCGCCAUAGCCGACGCCGCCUUCCGCGCCAUGCUCAACCGGCAGGCCAACCAGUGCAUUGUGAUAUCCGGUGAGAGCAGCUCAGGGAAAACGGAGAGCAGCAGCUAUCUGAUCCACUGCCUGACCGCACUCAGCCAGAAGAACUACUCCAGCAGGGUGCAACGGACCAUCCUCGGGGCCGGGCCGGUGUUGGAGGCCUUCGGCAAUGCCAGGACUACCGACAACAACAACUCCAGUCGCUUUGGGAAGUUUAUUCAGCUCAACUACCUGGAGAGUGGCGUAAUCAGAGGAGCAGUCAUUGACAAGUACCUGUUGGAAAAAAGCCGACUGGUGUCCCGGGAUAAGAACGAGAGGAACUACCACGUGUUCUACUACCUGCUGAUGGGCGCGUCCAAAGACGAGCAACAGGAGUUUCACCUGCUGAAGCCACAAGAUUAUCUCUACCUCAAGCAGGGAGACCUCCAUCUGGACCAUGAGAAAAAGUUUGGGCAGGAAUACAAGAGGCUGCAUCAAGCCAUGGAGAUGGUUGGUUUCCUGUCCUCCACUAAGAAACACAUAUUCUCCAUCCUCUCCGCCAUUCUGCACUUGGGGAACGUGACGUACACACUACCAGAGGACUCUCAGGUCCUGGAGGUCGGACCUGCUCACGUCUUGUCGACACUCUCCGACCUGUUGAAGGUGAAAGAAGAGCAACUCGUCACUACUUUGACCAAGAGGAAAGUGGUGACUGUGAAUGCCACUGUAGUUUCACAGUACACAUUACAAGAGGCCCUGUCGAUGAGGGACUCCAUGGCCAAGUCAUUAUACAGCGCUCUGUUUGACUGGAUCGUCCUUCACAUCAACCAUGGAAUGAUGAACAGACGAGACAUAGAGGAUUCCGUGCCUUGUUUGUCCAUCGGCGUGCUGGACAUGUUUGGGUUCGAGAACCUCCACACAAACAGUUUUGAGCAGCUGUGCAUCAACUACACCAACGAGAUGCUGCAGUGCUACAUCAACCACAACAUUUUCACCCUUGAGCAGGAGGGUUACGUGUCCGAGGGCAUCGCCUGGGAAAACAUCGAGUUCACAGACAACAGCGGCUGCGUUCAGCUCUUCAGCGCAAAGCCUUUUGGACUUUUCCACCUGCUGGACGAUGAGAGCAACCUCCCUCAGGGUGCAGAUGAGACCUUGUUGGACCGGCUGAAGCAGCAGCAUCGGGAUAAUCCCUUCUUUGUAUCCUCUCCUAAGACCGAGCCCACUUUCGUCAUCAAGCACUUUGCUGGGGGAGUUAAAUAUCACAUCAAGGAUUUCCUCAAGAAGAACUCGGAGCACAUGCGUCCUGAGGUCAUAUCACUGCUGCGAAGCAGCGAGCGCUCCUUCCUGCAUCACCUGGCUGCCUCCAGCCCCCAGGCGCUCUUCAGAUGGGGUGUCCUCCGAGCAACCAUCCGCAUCCUCGCUAUGUUCAAGCACUUGGGACGCCAGCGGGCAGAACUGAUAGAGGAAAGACGAAGAUCACGCAAGUCCCUCAAAGACAUGAAGCAGAGCAGCAAUCCAAUGGAUCGACUGUCCAGCAACAGCACAACUCUGGAUUUCUCCUUCGACCGUUCCGAUGAACAUCCUAUUGACGUAUUUGAGGAUAUCUUUGCCAAUUAUGAAAAGAGAAAGAAAAGUAAAACUGGUCGACAGAAGCAGCUCAUUCCCACGAACCUCAUGAAUUUGCACUCACUGCAACAUAUAGUUGGCCUCACGGCACACAGCCGAACCACCAAGUCCAUCUUCCACCCCCAUCGGACGACGAAGCCCCUGACCGUGAGCACACAGUUUCAGGUGUCACUCGGGAAGCUGAACCAGACGAUUGAAAAGGCAGAGCCGUUCUUCAUUUUCUGCAUUCGCUCCAACGCCGAGAAGAAGGAGCUGCACUUUGACGAAGAGCUUGUUCAAAAGCAGAUCAAGUACAUGGGCAUACUGCAGAUUGUUCAGAUGCAGAAGUCUGGCUACAGCGCUAAAUACACAUUUGAGGAUUUUUUUGCAAAAUUCCACAUUUUAUUCCCACGAGGAGCCGCUGCAAAUCCAGAGCAAAUAACUGAGCUGUUCGAGAGGAUGGCGUUGGAUAAGAGUACCUACCAGAUCGGAAAAACCAAGGUUCUUCUGAAGCAGAGAGAACGUCGGCAGCUUCAAGACGCUCAUAACAAAGAGGUGAUCCGUCACAUCAUCAUCCUGCAGCGCUGGUUCCGUGCCUGUCUCGUCAGGUUACACUUCCUUCAGAAGAAAGAUGCGUCUUUGCUCAUACAGAGGUGCUGGCGUGAGUUUUAUGAGAAACAGAAUCGUGCGGCUACGGUGAUCCAGACUGCAUGGAGGACCUCGCUGAAGAAGCCGCAGCACCAGCACGAGACGCAGGACAAGGAGACGCUCCAGAUCCGACCUGGAAGAGAAAGCCUGACAAAAAGAGAGUUGAAGAGGCAGAACCACGUGGAGGUCAGCCCCAACAGGACGCAGCAGAAACAGGAGGGCAGGGGGUCGCCCCCGCCUCUCAACAGACCCCUCUCCCUCCCACUCGACACCAGCGUUGGCAGGGGCGACCCCGACAGCCCCUCCAAGGCCAGCUCGCUUCAGCGCUACAAAGCCAUGGAGGGCAUCAAGGAGAAGGCCGUGAAGUGGAAAGAAAGAAAGAGCGAAGGGGAACCCGCAGACGACUCCAGUCCUGACGUCAGACAGAGAAAAGGCAAUAAGAAAGAUGAAUAUAUUCGCAAAGGGAAGUCCAUGUCAGCAGACGAACUGUCCCGGAUCAGCUCUUCGGACUCCGACUCUCAUCCCCACAAGGAGGUCCGAGUGCGACUCCGCAAGCAGAAAAAACGCAAGCGGCGCUUAGCCUACGCCCGCAGCGGCUUGGUGAUGAACUUUGCGGGCUCCAAAAAGGAGAGCGAGUACUGGAGCUUUCCGCUGCCCCCCAUGAGCCCCGCCGGCCCCGGCCUGAAGAGCUCGGCCAGUAGCGUGGACGUCCGCGCCCUCAAAUCCCAGGUCAAGUUAUCAGCCGAACCUGACGGCGCGAGAUUCAGCCUCCCAGCCAGGAGCGCCAAUGAGGAUUCAGGGAAGCACGAGUCUAACCAAUCACAGCUCACCACCCCAGAGAAAGUUUGGUUUCUGACUAAAUUCCUGAGGCGGCGUCCGGCUAAAACUUCUCAGAGCAACGAGCCUCACUCAGAUAAAACCGUCGUCUUGAGCAGCUUCACUCCAGCUUCUUACCACUCGUCCAGCGGCGGGAGGCCCACCCGCAACCCCACCAUCCGCAUCAGCCGGGCCACACGGGUGCAGCAGUGGGACACGUCCCUGGACCGAGAGAUCAACGACCCCAACGAGCUGCGGAACCUGGACGAGUUCCUGGGGAAUCAGGUGAAUGACCUGAGAACAAGAAUGAAAGAUCUGUCUCCAACCGAGAGCAUCUUCCUCACGGCCACCAUGCAGUUCAGAGACACCAUCAAAGGCAUGUACUCUGUGCAGAAGCCUAAGAUUGCCUACAAAGAUCUGAUGAAGGGCUACCACAACAAAGUGAACUCGCUAGCUGGACCCAAGGAGAAGCCCGAAGUGUCGCUGGUGGUGAACCUGUUCCAGUCGGUGCUGGACGGCUUCAUCAGGCGCGAAAAAAAGCGCGGGGAGUCUGAACCGACAAAGGCUACAAAGACGACAAAGAAGAGAAGGAAAAAGGAUAAAUGUCCUGACAACCCUCUGGAUCACCUGUUCAGCACGUACCUGGUCAACAUCAUGCAGUCAUGUGACCUGUGUGGCUCCUACAUCUGGGGGAUGGAGAAAGCCUACAUGUGCAGUGCUUGCAAGCUAAUAUGCCACAAGAAAUGCCUCAGCAAAAUCAUCACGAAUUGUUCAACGCGGUGUGCAAGACAGGACGACAGCUUACCAGGCUCACUCCACUUCGGGGUGGAGGUGUGCGUCCUCACCAGCAAGGCUAACCCCAUUCCAAAAGUGGUGGAGUUGCUGCUGAUGCAUGUGGAGAUAAACGGACUUUACACUGAGGGCAUUUACCGCAAGUCAGGCUCAGCUUGUCGUGCGAGGGAGCUCCACCAGAUCCUGGAAACUGAUCCUGAGUGUGCAAAUUUAGAAAACUACCCCAUCCACACCAUCACAGGCCUUCUUAAACGCUGGCUCAGAGAGCUGCCUGAUCCCCUCAUGACCUUUUCCCUCUACAGCGACUUUCUGCAUGCUGUGGAACUGCCAGAGAAAAGCGAUAGAAUAAGAGCUGUGUACCAGAAAGUUGAUGAACUUCCUCCUGCUAAUUACAACACGCUGGAGCGGCUCAUCUUUCACCUUGUCAGGGUUGCAAAGGAAGAAGAGCACAACAAGAUGUCAUCAAGCUCUCUCGCCAUCGUGUUCGCCCCCUGCAUCCUGCGAUCGCCGGAUUCUGACGACCCCUUCCUCGGCAUGAGGGACGUGUCCAAGACCACACGCUGUGUAGAGAUCCUGAUCUCAGAGCAGUUGAGGCGCUACAAUGAAAAGAUGCAGAACAUCCAGGAGCUGGAAUACGCAGAGGCGCUGGCUGUGAACCAGCUGAAGCUGAAGAGGCAGAACACGGUUGUUGAACAGCCCAGCGAGCUGAACGUUCCCCAGCGACUUCCCGAUGAGACGGAUGAACGGACCCUCAUCGAAAGGAUCAAAUCCAUCAAGCAGGAGAAGGUGGACUUGGCCUGCAGGUUACCGGACCUGGAGCAGGAACACUCCGACGACAACCUGGACUCAUCCUCAUCGAUGAGCACAGAAAGCUUAGAGGAUCGGCUCGAUAGCCUGGACUCGGAAGGAAAGACGGCUGCACAGUCCAAAACGCAGAAGCCCAAAACUCCACACAAACCCCCUGGCCUGGCGCUGAGAGUCAGAAAUCUGACUCAGACGGACAUUCAGCAGAAAGAACUCGAAUCAGGACCAAGGACAGACAACAACCAAUCCAACCAGGACGGCCCGUCCUCAAACACAAAGACUGUGAAUGGGAGCUUUGAUGAUCUGGACAUCCCUUACAUCGAUGACGACGAGGAAGAUGUCAGCUGAGAGAGACGCCACCAGUUGUAAUAAUCCGAACAUUCCCAAGUAUGUCAUAAAGUGAAAAAAGGUGCACUUUGUCGUAUUGACUUUUCCCCGUGUCAGUGCUGCUAUGGAAACAAAGUGCUCUGAGAGUUUAUCUGUAUUGAACAGGACAAGAUCAGACUCAUUCUUCAGCGUUUUCAUACAGGAUCUUGAGAAGUCAUCAUCUUAUGUCUGUCAAUUCGUGGUUCAUGUGAUUUUAAACAUAUUUCAAAAUUGUAUGCCACACACUUUGGACCUCUUCUGUUUGACAAGCUCUGGAGAGAACAACACAAGGAGGAGUGUCAAUGUACCAGUAGAUAAUUCAAAUGUUUUCCUUUUCCUACUUUUGUUUAUUAUGAAACAAAACUACAACUGCUUAAGAGAAGUUCAUAGCUUGUACAUAAGAAUGACUCUUUCUUGUGCAUUGUGUGAGGCUGCAGAUCAGACUCUGAGUACACUAUUGUGCAUUUAAAAAUCUAGUUUUUGGUCCGUUUCUUCUGGUAUACGAUCUGUUGUGACUGACCACUCAGUCAGUAUGUCUGUAAAGCUUUUUAGACUGACUGACUUAAUCUUUAGCUGCACAGUGAUGCAGCUUCACUCAGUAAACCUCUGUUUAUACAGCUACUUUUUUUGCAUGCUUUUUUUUUAUGUAAGGGGAUUGAAUGAUGCAUAUGGAUGGAAUGAUGCAGGUGUGACAAUGUCACCAAUUGAAAUAAAUGAAAAAUGUUCA